UAUUUUGCAGUGUUUCAGUUUUUGUUUCGUAUAUGACGCAAAUACCGUUUGUAUUCAUUUUCGCCGGACUUCCGUUUUAGACCGUACAUGUCAGUUAUAAAACCUAAACAACGUUUUUCUCUAUAGGUUACUUUAACCGAUAGAAUUACAAGUAAAAACAACUGUACCGCUAUCUCAAAAUGGAUUGGGAAAAGGAAUUAGAAAAGUACGAGUCAUUGGGUUGUCUUCAUGAAAUAUUUCAACGGCAAGCCAGGGCGACCCCUGAUUCAGUCGCAGUUGUUGGGGAUGACGUCACACUUACGUUUCAGGAAUUAGACGAAGCAAGCAAUGUACUUGCGGACGCUCUCCAAAUCCGGGGUGUUGUUCGCGAUUCAAGUGUCGGCAUCUUUAUGGAGCGUUGUGUCGGUUAUGUAAUCUCAUAUAUAGCCAUUUUGAAAGCAGGUGGAGCGUAUAUGCCUCUUGAUUUGUCCUACCCUGAUGUUUUGUUAGAGGAUAUAUUCAGUGACGCGAAACCUGUUUGUAUUAUCACAAACCCGCAAAUGCAGAAACGAGUUUUAGAUAAAAAACAAACGGUGCUUGUUUUAAAUGAAAACUGGAAGGAGAAAUUGGAUAAAGAAAAUAGGGAUGCGGUGACGGGUGGUGCCGAUUUAACAAGACCGAAAGUUCAACUCGACGAUCUGGCUUACGUUGUUUAUUCUUCUGGCACAACAGGAAAACCCAAAGGCAUUAUGUGCCCACACAGAGGUGCAGUUUACUCUUACACCUGGCGCCACCUUAUCUGCCCAUUUGAAACCGGCGACAGAGUGGCAUGCAAUGUUUUCUUUGUUUGGGAAAUGCUAAGACCAUUAUUAAAGGGAGUACCACUGUACGUUAUACCAGAUACAGCUAUAUACGACCCUCUAUUACUUAGUGGGUUUUUAAAGAAACAUUCAAUCACCAGAAUCUUAUUUACUCCGUCUUUACUCGAGACUGUGCUCGACGCGCAGAAUCUAAACAUCAGCGACUUUUCUACGCUCAAAGUUAUUUGGUUUUGCGGGGAAGUAGUGACGUCAUCAUUGCUUGAUCGAUGUACUUCGAUUUUGCCAUGGAUUCGGUUCUACAACCUAUACAGUAUAUCUGAAUGCCAUGACGUUGCGACAUCGGAUUUGAAUCGUUUUAUCAAAAUGGAAGAUGAAAUGGAAGAAACAAAGAAGAGAAAAUUUGCUCCGGUUGGAUCAGUAUGUCCUGGCAUCCAUGUUGUCAUCUUGGAUGAUGAGGGAAACCCUCAGCCUAUUGGGAUGCAGGGAGAGAUUUUUGUCGGAGGUCCGACGUUAGCAAGGGGAUAUCUGAACAGGCCAGAAAUGAACAAGCUUCGAUUUAUUAAACGACCGAAAAAUGUUAGUCCGGCAGUUGGGGAUAUUCUGUACAGAACUGGCGAUUGGGGGUUAAUACGAUCGGACAGAAACCUUGAGAUUUGUGGAAGAUGCGACACAAUGGUAAAGAUUCGGGGUUACAGCAUCGAAGUCAAGGCUGUAGAAGUGGCCCUUAUGGGCCUUGAACAAGUGAACGCAUGUGUGGUGAUGACGAUUGGCGAAGAGGGUCAAGACAAGCAGCUGGUUGCAUAUAUAGUACCAGAAGGUGAAGUGACCAAAAAAGAAAUUCGAAAUUCUCUCAAAACCAAACUGCCUUUCUACAUGAUACCAUCGUAUUACAUAUUUCUUCAAAGCAUCCCAGUUCUGGCUGCGUCCGGUAAACUGGAUAAGAAAGCUCUUCCUGAUGUCAACUCUAGGCGACCAUCAGUGAGUUUCUUGGCGGAAGAUCAUACAGAGCCGGUCACAGAAACCGAAAAGUUUUUGGAGGAAACUUGGUGCGAAAUUCUUCAAAUGGAAGUUAUUGAUGUACAAGAAAGCUUCUUCGACCUUGGAGGACAUUCUUUGCUCGCUGCUCGCUUGCUUGGGAAAAUUCGAGAAAGGUUUGCUCAGAAAGAGAUAACGAUGAGACAUCUAUUCGCCCAUCCUACCAUUGUUGAACUUGCAAAGUUCUUGGACUGCAAUGAACCAGAAGAAGUCAAAAGUGGUGAAAUAGAUCUUCUUUCUGAAGUCCAAAGUCUAUCUACUGGGCAGGUGAACCUUGAUAUCCAAUUGCGAGCUUUUUGGAGAUCUUUAAGAUUUGGAAAUCAGUUCCGUAGAGGAAGAGUGUUGUUAACUGGUGCUACGGGUUUCUUGGGAGCUUUCUUGUUGAAAGAACUGUUGCUUCAUACCAAGGUUAAAAUUUACUGUCUUGUCCGUCGCUUACCGGAUAAAACCGGAGAGGAACGACUUAUCGAAAACCUUGAGUUUUAUGAAACAUUUUCAAAACAAAACAGUCAGGAUCGCGACUUGUUAAAGGCAUUUAAUAAACGAGUGAGCGUUCUGUUUGGAGAUGUCGCUCUGGUUCAUCUAGGAUUGUCCGAAGAAGAUUAUGCAUUUUUAACAUACGAGAUAGAUUACGUCAUCCACACGGCUGCGUAUGUCAACCUUUUAUAUCCAUAUGAAGCUUUGAAAGGAACUAAUGUGACUGGGACCAGGAAUGUGCUGCUGUUCUCACAAGGAGGAAAGAUCAAACCUCUACAUUACAUCAGUACGAACGCGGUGUUCCCAAAUAACCAGGUUAUGUGCAAGGAAGAGCCAACAACCGAAGAAGAUGGAAAGCUAUUGACGGGAGGCUACGCUCAAACUAAAUGGGUUGCUGAGAAACUGUUGUUAAAGGCGAAAGACCAAGGAUUGCCGAUUACAAUUUACCGAAUAGGAAAUAUAUCGGGAGACCGAAAGAACGCUGGUUGGAACCCGACCGACUUUAUAUUACUGGUGUUGCGAGCUUCGUUGCAGAUUUCUGCUUGGCCGGAUGUAGAUUGGCAAAUCGAAAUGACUCCUGUAGAUUUUGUCAGCUCUGCGAUAGUUCAGCUUUCACAGGAUAUACAAGCGUCUGUGAAUAAAAUAUUCCAUAUUGUGCAACCAGAAAACAUUACCGGCAGAUCAUUUUUUCACUGGCUGAAUACGGAGUAUGGUUACAAUUUAAAGUUGGUAUCAAUGGAAGAGUGGUGCAGUAAAGUGGAACUAAUUCGGGAUACGAGUACAGUCCCUGGACAUAGGGAUGUCAGAAAAAUGCUCGAAAGCGUCACUUCAACAAGGGACACCUCUCUAUUUUCUUACAAUACAACAUUCGACGUCACGAACUUCAAAGCAGCGAUUAAAGAUAAUUAUCCGAGUCUUAAUAAAGGCCUUCUUCGAUUUUACCUUUCAAAUUUAACGAAAAGAAAUGUUUUGCUAUCUCCUUGCCGGCCAUCAACAGCGAAUCAACCAUUGAGUGGGAAAGUUGCUGUUGUAACUGGUGCAUCAAGUGGUAUUGGAAGAUCGAUUGCGAUUCACCUGUCAAAUGCAGGAGCAAAAGUGUGUAUUGCUGCAAGAAAUGUUGGUAAAUUAGAAGAACUGAAGUCUGAGAUAGAAAAGAACAACGGAACAGCUGCUUUUUUCCAAUGUGAUGUCACAGUGAGAGAACAGGUUAUGCAGCUUAUUUUUUUUGCUGAGAAAAACUUAGGACCCGUUGAUAUUAUGGUAAACAAUGCUGGGGUAAUGAUGUAUUCAAAAAUGAGCAAUGUUAUGAUGGAUGAUUGGGAUAAAACUAUUGACGUUAAUUGUAAAGGUGUUACAAAUGGCAUUGGGGCUGUUAUACCCGGUAUGAUCAAACGCAAACGUGGCCAUAUUGUCAAUACAAGUUCUGAUGCUGGACUACAGGGUUUUCCUGGUUUAGCUGUGUAUUCUGGCACAAAAUUUUUCGUGGAGGGUGUUUCACAAGCACUGAGGCAUGAAAUGGUGGAACAUGGAAUAAAAGUGACGUGCAUUCAACCAGGAGAUGUGAAAACUAAUAUCUUGUCUCAUACAACUGACUUAGAGGCUCAAAAACAAUAUGAUGGAAGUAGUAAGUGCAAAAUACUCGAUCCCGAUGACAUUGGUCGUGCUGUUGCUUAUGUUGUUUCACAACCUGAUCAUGUUUCUAUAAAUCAGCUACUUAUUGAGCCUAAGGAGGCUCCUAUAUAAAACUGAAAAAAUAAGGAUUGCUUAAUUAAUUUAUUGAAUACAAUAUGCAAUUAUUUAGAACACUGUAGCAAAAAUUCUUUAUUGUGUCAGCUAUUUUAGAAAAUUUCAGAAAUCAUGUAUUGUACUGUUAGGUGAAAUAAAUAUCGUCGAAAGUGAAA